CCUGAAAGGUUGAAGUCAGGGAAACAAAAUCUCCACAUGAAACGCGGAAAGAAGGAGAAAACAGUGAGAACUGUAAAAUAUACCAACAAGACAUAACGCUGAACACAGUCACGGGGAAACGCUUCAAAGACAUAAGCUAACAUCAUGCCAAGGAAGAAGGACACUGUUAAGGGUGGAGCUCCUAUAGCUAGAAUCCGAGAGAACUCGAGGCUCAUGCGCACACAUGAAACUAUGGUAGACUUCAUAAAUGGACAUCAUUCUGCAAACUCUAUCCUGGAUGUCUUUGCCUCUGGUUUAUUAGGUUUAGAUUUGUUACGGACGUUUGAGGGCGAACUGGAGGACGACAUCAUAUACACUGAUGAUGACGACGAUGAUGACGAUGAUGAAGAUGAUCACUUUUAUCAACAAAAUGCUGCUCAGAGGCCUUUAGAACCACAUCCACGAAUAAAACAACUCACUGACGAGGAGGCUGAUAAACAGGCAAAGGAAUUGUUAGAAGAAGAGGAACGGCGUAAGGAGAAAACUGAGAAGAACAAGCGUAAGAAAUUGCGUAAGAAACUAAAGAAGCGGUUAGGAAAGGAGAAUGCAGUUAAAGACAUUUUACCUGAAGAACAAGGGAAGUCGGGCUCGUCAGAAAAUCCUGUUAUUGAAAGUAAUGCAGAAGCAAAUGAAUCUCUCAAACCUGUUAAAACACACAAUGGAGAUGCGGCGGAGAGCAGUUCUAAUAAUAAAGAAGAAAAUGUUGCGGAGAUGAAUGCAAAAGAAGAUGAGAAGCAGGAUUUGAAUAUAAAUAUUUCAUAUGCAUCUACGACAAAAUUGGAGCCCGAGGUGAUGUGUGAUGAGAGGCCUGCGAGAGAGGAACAAAAGAAAACAACUAAAUUACUGGAAGUUCAGCAGCUCGAGGAGGAAAAACCAAAAGUUGUGGAGAAACCUGAAGUUAAAAGAAAGAAAGAGAAACAUGAAGAGCAGAAGCCGAUGGAUCCCACUGCAGAAGAGUUGGCAAAGAGAAGCAGAGAGCUUGCUGGUAUGGGAAAUCGUUUGGCUGCCUCCAGUCAGUACGAGAUGGCCGUGAAAUGCUUUACCGACGCCAUUAAAUACAACCCAAAGGAAUUUAAGUUAUUUGGAAAUCGCUCCCUGUGUUAUGAGAUUCCCUUAUUUACGCUUUACUUAUGGGGCAAGAAGUAUGUGUCCUGUCGGAGCCCCAUUAAUCUCGGGCUGCCUCCUGGCAUGCAGGCCAGGCAGUGUGGAAACCAAGCCAGGCUGCUGUUUAAUGAAUGUUUGACUGCCUCCAAACAGCAAGCCUCCCACGACAGCCCCGUGAGUAGCGCCUCGCUCGACUCACACUUGAUGAAGCUGCAUGAAAUGGGAUUCAGCUGGGCGCAGAGCUCGGAGGCCCUGAAAACACACGGCACGUUAGAGGAAGCUGUUGAAGCGCUGUUUGCUGGUGAAGACAGUAAUCCGGGGUCCUGCAGACGCCGGGGCCAGUUGGGUCAACACGGAGCAGCCGGUGGUGCAGGAAGAGAAGAAGAAGAAGAAGAAGAAGAAGAAGAAGAAGACGACGAUGAGGGCGAGUGGAUCGUCCGUCAAACUAGCCGUCCCAGAAUGCAACAGGUCAAAGAGUUUGAUGCUUUUGGCCACAGCAGAUCGAAAUCUCCGUCACCGACGCCUCAUUCAAGGAAUUCUGUGAAACCGGACCUUUUCUCCGUCUGGGUCGGAUCCUUGGCUCCUGCUGUCACGUACUCAACGCUGCACGAGCUGUUCAGCAGGUGAAGUCCCACAUCGGAGCUCCGUCACGUCUUUUAGCACUUUGUCAGAAUCACAUGUCACAUCAUAACGUUUUUAAUUCUUAUUAUCAGUUACAACAACCCUUACAGGAACAGCAUUCUAAUAA